AUCCGUUAUACCCGCCCUCUACCCCCCCGCAUAUCUAUUCAUCUUUGCUCCCAGCGAGCUUGACCGAGAAACCAGAAAGAACAAGGAGGAGAAAAGGUGGAUAAAGCGAAGAAAAUAAAUACGUUGGGAAGGGACAGGGAAUACGAGACAUAUAGUACCUGAAGGGUGGUGACAACGGGUCUAUUUCAAGCGAGGGGACCAACAAGCAUACAGUGCUGACCACACCUGACACAGUUUUCGACUGGUGACACCAGAAUGCAGUAGCCACUACUCUUAAACCUUGGCACCGUCUACCUUGGCACCUUUGGCUUUAUCACAGUUUAUUUAUCCCUGUACAUCCUCUUCUUUCUGGGCCUUGUGGUUUGGUGACCUACAUCUACUCUACCCAUGAGCCCCUGCAACUAGGGCUCAACCGUUUGACCUUGGCCUGACCUCUCACCUCUUCUCCAAAGCCACGCCCCCCUGGUGAAGAGUGUAUGGAGCAGUGUGAGAGCGCCGCGGCUCUGCUGGAGUCGGUGAGGGAGCAGGAGGUGCAGUUUGAGCAGCUGACCAGAGCGCUGGAAGAGGAGAGGAGGGUACGCCUCACCAGCCCCCCGUCCCACACCCUCCCACACACACAGAACGGGCGCCUGGGGGAGGCAGACAUAGAACGACUGAAACUGAGUGAGGGAUACAUCAACGGGACACAGUACAGGAUGGUGGACCCAGUGCAUGGCGGUCUAGACGAGAGCUGCACACCAGAAGAUGAUUCACAGGACGUACAGUCUGUCUUCUCAGACGAUGGAACAAAUGGACGGAGGGCAGGGAACGCGAUGAAGAAGGUGAUGACCUCGCGUACCGUCCUUCCCUCUGAUUCGAUGUCCAUCGACGGAGGACUGUCUGUCUCAGGUAUGGGCGGUUACAGUGCCACUCUGGACCGUACCUACAGGCAGGCUGGAGGGGGGGACUACCCCACAGCCACGGUCCCCAGGAACUACCACUACGGCCCCGCGGGGGGUUACGAUGACUACAGGAGCGCCCCGCCCUCCGAGGCCUACGCCAGCCUGAGCAGAGGCACACGCAUGGACGACCGCUACAGACCUGCGGAUGGGUACAGGACCCUGGACUCUGGGUACCGCGCCCCCAGCAGACAGCAGCUGGACCCCUACGCAGCCCAGCCCCAGGUGGGGCGAGGGGUGAGGGGUGUGGGCAGUGCCCUGGAGCUGGGGGGCAUGCGCUACGCCCACCAGGCCCACUUUGGUGUGGAGGAUGACCAGAGGAGUCUGGGAUAUGAUGAUAUGGAGUAUAGUAUGGCUCCUCCUCCCAUGCACCCAGGGUACGGCACCAUGCCACGACUAGGACCAGGCCCUGGAGGACUGGACAGACGCAGGCUCCGGAGUUGCGAGGACACUUUGGACGGAGACAUGGGAGGAGUCGACCCCUACACCUGGGGCGUCAACAUGGCGAUGGAGAGGGGAAGCAUGGCGUCAUUGGACAGCACCCUGAGGAAGGGCCCGCCCACUUCCUGGAGACAACCGGAGCUUCCGGAGGUCAUCGCCAUGUUGAACUACCGACUGGACCCGGUCAAAACCAAUGCCGCUGCCUUCCUCCAGCACCUCACCUUCAAGAACGACAAGGUGAAGUCGGAGGUGCGUCGUUUAAAGGGGAUCCCCUCUCUGGUCUCGUUGCUGGACAACCCCAAGAAGGACGUGCACCACUCGGCCUGCGGGGCGCUCAAGAACAUCUCAUACGGACGAGACCACGACAACAAGAUCGCCAUCAAGAACUGUGACGGCAUCCCAGCCUUAGUCCGGCUACUGAGGAAGGCCAGAGAGCAGGACCUCACAGACACCAUUACAGGCACACUGUGGAACCUUUCGUCUCACGACUCUGUGAAGAUGGAGAUCGUGGACCACGCGUUACACGCCCUCUCUGACGAGGUGAUGGUGCCGCACUCUGGCUGGGAGAGAGGGCGUGACGGAGGAGAAGAGAGCCUCAAACCACGCCACCUGGAGUGGGAGACGGCCCUCACCAACACGGCUGGCUGUCUGAGGAACGUGAGCUCAGAACGUAGCGAGGCCAGGCGGAAGCUGAGAGAGUGCACGGGAUUGGUGGACUCGCUCAUGUACAUUGUCCAAUCACAGAUCAACCGCAAAGAUGUGGACAACAAGUUGGUGGAGAACAGUGUGUGUCUGCUGAGAAAUCUGUCCUAUCAGGUUCACCGGGAGGUUCCUGGCUGCGAGCGCUACCUGGAGGCCGCGCCCCUAAACCAGGGCCCUGUCCCCGGAUCCAACAAGGCCAGCUGCUUCGGCUCACGGAAGGGCAAAGAUGAGUGGUUUUCCACAGGUCAGAAAGAUGCGGAUGACGGGAGUGCGGACCAGGUCGAUAUCCCAAAGAGGACGACGCCUGCCAAAGGCUAUGAGCUGUUGUUCCAGCCUGAGGUGGUGCGUGUCUACACUUCCCUGCUGAGAGAGAGCAAGAACCCCUCAGUGCUCGAGGCAGCAGCCGGAGCCAUACAGAACCUGUGUGCCGGACGCUGGACUUAUGGCCGGUAUAUCCGGGCCACGGUACGUCUGGAGAAGGGCCUACCUAUGAUGGCAGAGCUGCUGGCUCAUGGGAACGACCGUGUGGUCAGAGCCAUGUCCGGGGCCCUGAGGAACCUGGCCAUCGACAACCGCAACCGCGAGCUGCUCGGUAAGCACGCCGUGCCCCACCUGGUGGCAGACCUGCCGGGUGGCCAGAGCCAGUCUGCACGACCUCUGUCUGAGGAGACGGUGGUGUCUGUGCUGAGCACGCUCACUGAGGUGCUGGGCAACAGCCUGGAGGCCGCCAAGACCCUCAGGGCCUCCCAAGGCAUCGAGAGACUGGUGCUCAUCAAUAAGGACGGUAAGCGGUCUGAGCGGGAGGUGCGCGGGGCAGGCCAGGUGUUGCAGCUGGUGUGGGGGCAUAAGGAUCUGCGGCGCCCCCUGGAAAAGGACGGCUGGAAGAAGACUGACUUCACGGUGAACCUCAACACAUCCGCCAACGGCCCCUCCGCACGCACCAACGGGACCUACGAGGAAACGACCAUGCCAAUGCUAGACAAAGGGGCGAAGAGAGACAUGAUUCCACUGAAUGACUUAGGCCCUGAAGCCUACUCUACACUGGACCAGCGGGAGAGGAGACGCUCUCUGGACAACUCCCUCGACACCACAGACACUUUACAGCGUGGGGUGUACGGGGGCAGAAAGGGUUCCCUGCCUCUGUUGGACUCCUACGAUGGUUAGCCCCCCCCCCUCUCCCUCCCUGCAUGUAACAGCAUGAAGAACUGAUGGUGUGCAUUACCCAGGGUGAGCUGCCCCAACCCUGCCACUGCUGAGCAGAGAACACUAGAGGCCCAUGGACUUGCUCUCUCUCAUCCCCCUAUUUCUCUCCUUCCAUCGCAAGGCUAUGGGGGUUGGCAUCCAAAGAAAGUGGUUGUGUUGCAAUCAGAGUGAUAUUAAACACUCAAACUGAACACGCGCACGCACACACACACACCAUAGUAGCGUCAGAAAUAUAUUCCCUGUUAUUUAAAUUAUAUUGAUAUUCCCUUUUCUCAAGGCAAUCGUCUUUGUUUGACAAUCAUUGUUUAUUUCUGUUUUCUGGUUACUUACAUCCAACAUUUGGCUCAAUGAGUGUUUCCUGUCGUUUGUUAGAAUCCUCAUACUCAUCCAAGUGUUUUGUUAUUUUCAUCGUCGUGAAUCGGAUUACUGCCAUCUGCAUCCUGAGAUGAAUUUAUUUUUAAUAUCUGUAGGGUAUGUGUUUGUAUAUAAAAAGAGGAAAUGUUUUGAUUAGGGAGGAAGGUGUCUACCUUUUUUUAGGGUUGAUUUUAAUUUAAGUGGUACCCAGAUUGGGAUUGGUGAGCGGAAAGGUCAUGCGUGGCUGCUGGACCAAUGGGGCUCGGUCCUCAUAGGUUCAGAAUGUUUGUACAAGAGUUAUUUUCACCUUUUCUAGGUAUAUUACAUGCUGGUUGGUUUUGGGGUAGUUGGGAGGAGCGUGUGAGGCCGGUGUGUAAGUGAGGGCCAUACAGGAGACCUGUGUGUGUGUGUGUGUGUGUGUGCAUGAGUGGUGUUAUUUAACAAACAAACAACCCAUAUGAGCCUGUUUUUAUUUUUAAGGACUUCAUAUUGUGUGCUUUCAUGUUAUUUUUUUUUACUCCUUUUGCAAAUAUCAUUUUUGUUGUUGUCUCGGUUCUUUUCAAAUGUGGCUUUUACAGAUGUACCAACUGCCUCGAUUUCUUUUGUUGUGAUACCUUAUUUUUUUUUUUUUACAUUGCUAUUUUUUUUUGGAACCCUCCUGAGUCUGUGGUUAACGAUGGCUGUGAGAGUGCGAUCUCACACACCUAUUGGAGUGUGGGUUUUGCUGCUGCUGUGCCGGUAGCAGGAAUACUACUGUUCACCCACGGUUAACAAGCACCACAGCUCUUAGUCCUACAUUUGCUCAUACGCUCGAUAACAUUCCAACACUAAACUAUAACACUAGGGACGCAUUCCCCACACUAUUAUACAGAACCCCACUACAGACCCGGGGCCUGUUCCCUAAGGGUGGAUUGUUUUGGAACACUUCCGUGAUCAAUCUUUUGCAUAGAGCUGGCAGAUUCUUGGUUCCGCAUGUUAAACGUUAAUCGUCUGUUCUAUCAGCAAUGCUCUGAACCUCCUAUACCACUAACAAUAACACUAGUUCAGUCAGUACUUGCUGUUACACUAGCCAGAACAAUGUGCUGUAUGGACCCAAAAGGCAUUGGUUGAAAAAGAGGGGUUGGUUUUCUGUAGAAAUGACACUUAUGUUUCGGGAGAAUUGGAUUCCUCAGAGGUAACUCAAGUAUAAACAGACGGUAGGACCAGACUUGAGCAUAGACUAGGGGGGGGAAUGAAAAGCACAUUUUGGGAGCAUUUUUUUGUAUUUUUUUUAUAUAUACUUUGACUUUUCAUUUUGUGUCUGUGUUUUGGGUUUUUAAUAUUGUUUUCUGAUUUGGGAAUGGUUGUUGGGAGUGGUGGUUGAAGCAUUAUGCAAUCUCUAUUCUACUUUUUAUUUUAUUCUGCUUUUGUAACUUUUCUUUAAUGGCAAAAGAGACUACUCAACUUUUUUUUCUUUUCUUUUUUAUAUUGUUGCCACAUGCGUCGUUUCUCUGUAGCAUUGCCUAUUCAUGUACAAAUAUGAUUAACUUACCUUGACUCUGAAAAGUUUCAUUUUCUUCAGUAAGAGUAUGUAACUGGCAAUGCUGUUUUUAUAAAAUAAAGAUCUUUUCUCAGA